AGUGUGCUUUGACUCGGUCUACUUUUAAAAAACAGAAGGAGUUUUUGCCACAGCACUUCCAUCCUCUUCAAUUAUCUACAAAUUGAUAAUUCAAAGCCUUUAGAAAAUGGCUCCAGGAGUUCCCAGUUGUUAUUAUCGUCAAGUUCCUCUUUCCAUCUCCUUCUCUGGAUCAGGAUUCAUGGCCACCUACCAGUUAGGGGUCGCCCAGUGCUUCGUAAACUAUACACCCUGGAUACUGCGCACAGCACCGUGUGUUCUGGGUGCAUCUGCUGGGUCUCUGGUUGCAGCUGCUGUAGCCUGUGAAAUGAGCCUGAUUACGAUCCGGGAUGAGAUGCUCAAUUUUGCCAAACAGAUGAAGGCUUAUACUCUUGGCCCAUUUAAUCCCUCAAUCAAUGUUUUCCACUGGUUAGAGUUAAUUUUACGCAAACAUCUUCCUUCCAAUGCACACAAACUGGCUAGUGGGCGUCUUGCUGUAGCUAUGACCCGCCUGACUGAUAGCAAGCUCAUUGUCAUGUCUGAUUUCCAGUCCAAAGAGGAUGUAGUACAGGCUUUGCUAUGUAGCUGUUUUGUGCCUGGGUACUGUGGUAUACUGCCUCCAUCCUUUAAAGGAGUUCAUUAUGUCGAUGGGGGUUUCAGCAGCAUGCAGCCACUACUUCCUUUACCCUCUCACACGUUGACGGUGUGUCCGUUCUCUGGAGAGAUGGACAUCUGUCCCGCCGACACACCUUCCAAGUGGGAAAUGGUAGUGAGUGGGACCACCUUGAAGGGCAACCUGGCUAACAGCCUCAGGAUCGUCAAUGCUCUCUACCCCAUGACUCUAGAGACUCUGGAACAGGCCUUCGACAGUGGCUACAAAGAUGCUAUUCAUUUCCUUCUGAGCAACAAUCUUCUCCCAUGUUUGAUGAUUCCCAAACUAUCCCAAGGGCAACUUAACUAUAACCAGACUAAUACGUGGAUGCACCUGGAGACGGACAUAAAAGAUGAGGAGGAGAUGAAGGUGGAAAAGGAGAACGCUGCACUGACAUCUUGUACGGACAAUAGAUGCAUGCAGACUGAAUUGACUGGAAAUCGACCAAGUACUCUCCGUUUUGACAUGGUAAAAAACGUUCUGAUGGGCAACAUGAUGACCAAUCUGAGCAUGUCCGGACUCCCUGUGAAAAUCUUUUCCCAUCUGCUUCUACCUCUCAUUCUGUCCUUUUACGCCGUACUCGAGAGAAGGCACAGACUGGAGUCGUUUGUCAGGCAGGUGCCUGAGUUGGUGUUCUGGACUUGGCAUGCCCUUAGACACUUCACAUUCUUCUUUUACAGCAUAUUUGUCUGUACCCUUAAGAAGAACAUAAAUGACCGGAUUACGCCCAUCAUCCUGCUGUUGCAGUGGAUGAAAAUUCAAGCACAACAUUAGGCUCCACAAGGCACGCAGAGGCACUCUACACCUUGCCAUAAGAUUCCCUCUUCUGCUCAUUCUGAAGAUGUCGGGCAUGGGAUUCUACACAGACGGUUCAUGACUCCAUCACAGGAUCACAAGAAACCAAAAUUACAGUAUAUGUAGACAGAGUGACUGAUGUUUUUAGGUCACCAAGCUGAAAUGUAAACACUGUAUUCUUUCUUCACACCAUGCAUCACUACAUUUAGCAUAUGAGGAUAACCAGUGUUUAGCAUGAAGGUAGCAUAGGGUGAAAACUCCUAGGCUGAUCAAAUUAAUUUCUUCCUGCUGGAAACAUGUAUGUGAAUAAUAUGGUCAUAGUUUUAUGCUUGUGUGGUACAGUCAGAGAUUAAUCUGAUGUGGUGGUAGGUAAAGGGGUCGAAUGGGGUUGAAAUGAAAGUCUAUUGGUCUGAAGACCAUGCUGUACAGUUAUAUAAUUGUAAUUUUUGUUUAUCUGUUUGGCCUUAUGAACAUAAUUAAUAACAUUGCUUAAUCUCUAAAAUACUAAUAUAGUGUUUUACAGCAUACAGUGGUUUCUGUCACCCAAAACAUGAAAACUGACUGCUGCAGAAUAGUGGAUGUCAGGGGUUCAUCAGCUGACUUGAGUGAAAAACAAAUCCUACCACUAAUCAGUUAUCCAAAGUUUUAGUGAAACAUCCCAGGCAAAAGCACUUGCGGUUUGAGUUGAGAAUUUAUCUCCAGGGCGCUUAUCUAGAGUGUUCCUAAUUUCAUUUCCACAUGAGAGGUGACAACUAGUCCUGUGAUGUGCUAUUUGAACACUGCACUCUUUCACUCCUCGUCCCCUUGUGUGUAGGCAUUCGCUACCUCACUAUACUGUUCAUUCAUUUGAUAUUAAGCCUCAGUGUCCUCCAGCAAGCAUUUCUUGACUACAGGAAAUUCUGUGAAUUCAAAUGACACUAGUGUUAGGUGUUAGUAACUACACAUUUUAUGUUGUAGGAGCAGAAACCAUUGACUUUCUUUAUCUCCACUGUAACAUAUUGUAACCAAGAUCAAAGUGCUUUUGUUCUGCUGUACACUGCAAAUGAAUAAACUGUACUCCUUUUA